AGUGUGGGUUUACUACCUUACUUGUGUCAGAGAAAUACCAUUUCUAUUCUUAUGAAUUUUUGAAGAGCAUUUAUUUUGAAGUUUUGAUAUUUCAAGAUUUGGGAACGCGGAAAUGUUGGGCAGUUACGCUCUAAACAAAUCAAGCUUCAUACUAAAUAUAAACAAACCUCCUAUUUUGUUGCAUUCUUCACACUCAUCAAGUCACUUUGAAUGACUCCAAUUCAAGAAUUCAAAAGGUUCAGAAAUAUAUGAAUUUAUCUCAGUUGUGAUCUUUUUGUUUUUUUUGUUCACUCAAAAAUUUUCCUUUAGUUUUCCGGCGUCGGAGCUCAUCGGGAUUGAUGAAGUUUUUCAAAGUCUAAUAGUUAAUAAAUAAAAAAAAAGAAAAGAAAUGACUAAAGAUUUUCCAUAAGCACAUGCAGUUAGUAGUUGAAGGAGCCGAAACCCAAAGAAGAAGGAAACACCGUACGUUAAACGUAAAUGAGGAGACAAAAAGGCGUGAUUCUGAAUGUGAUGGUGUCAAUGUUGGAGCCAUUCCUUUCUCCAUGUUGAGGCAACUCAAACUCAACAUUCUAUUUAAAAGUCCAAAGAGUGGAGAAUAGCAGCUACAGAGUUCGAAGUGAAGAAUUCUUGAAUAAAAGAGAUUUCUGCUAUAUAGUCUCAUAACCAAAAUGGCAGUGCUUGAUUUACAUGCAUUCAUGUCAUUGUCUUCUACAAUGCAAUCCCCAUUUAUUGGACAAAAAAUGGGGAUGGGGAACUCAUAUAGCUCAGUUUCUGGUGUUCAAUUAGGAAAUAUCAAACUCUCCGAGAAAAUGCAUAACACUACUAGACGGUUCUUGACUACUUCCGUCCUUGCUGAUGUUACUAAAGAUUUUAUGAAUUUUCAAGCACCAGUGCUAGCAAAACCAGAAGCAGACCCAAAGACUGUUGCCUCUAUCAUAUUAGGUGGUGGAGCUGGAACAAGACUUUUCCCUCUUACUCUCAGAAGGGCUAAACCAGCUGUACCAAUUGGGGGAUGUUAUAGGCUGAUUGAUGUCCCAAUGAGUAAUUGUAUCAAUAGUGGCAUUAACAAAAUUUACAUCCUUACACAAUUCAAUUCUCAAUCCCUUAAUCGCCACAUUGCUCGAACAUAUAAUCCAGGAAAUGGUGUAAACUUCGGUGAUGGGUUUGUUGAGGUAUUAGCUGCUACUCAAACUCCUGGGGAAUCUGGAAAGCAGUGGUUUCAGGGCACAGCAGAUGCUGUAAGACAAUUUAUCUGGUUGUUUGAGGACACUAAGCAUAGAUAUAUUGAGAAUAUUCUAAUAUUAGCGGGUGAUCAUCUCUAUCGAAUGGAUUACAUGGAAUUUCUACAGAAGCACAUUGAUUCUGGUGCUGACAUAUCUGUCUCUUGUCUCCCUGUUGAUGAAAGUCGUGCCUCUGAUUAUGGGUUGAUAAAGAUUGAUGAGGCUGGACAGAUCAGACAAUUUCUUGAGAAGCCCAAGGGUGAAAGUUUGAAAUCUAUGAAAGUAGAUACAACUGCUCUAGGACUAUCAGCUUCAGAUGCAAGGAAGUUUCCAUAUAUUGCAUCAAUGGGUAUCUAUUUGUUCAAGACAGAUGUCCUACUAACACUUCUCAGGUGGCACCAUCCAACUGCCAAUGAUUUUGGAUCAGAAAUUAUUCCAAUGUCUGCGAAAGAUUAUAAUGUUCAGGCAUAUCUAUUCAAUGGCUACUGGGAAGAUAUUGGAACUAUAAAAUCAUUUUUCGAUGCCAACUUGGCCCUAACAGAUCAGCCUCCCAAGUUUCACUUCUUUGAUCCCCUAAAGCCAAUCUUCACAUCUCCCCGGUUUCUACCACCAACUAAAAUAGAGAAAUGUCGGAUCCAAGGUUCCAUCAUUUCAGAUGGAUGCUUUUUAAGGGAGUGCAGUGUUGAACAUUCUAUUGUGGGGAUUCGUUCCAGACUAGAAUAUGGGGUUGAACUGAAGGAUACCAUGAUGAUGGGUUCUGACUAUUACGAAACUGAGGCAGAGAUAGCAUCAUCCUUAGCUGAAGGAAAAGUUCCAAUAGGGGUUGGGAAAAAUACCAAAAUUAUAAAUUGCAUAAUUGACAAGAACGCAAGAAUUGGGGAGAAUGUGGUCAUAGCGAACAAAGAUCAUGUGCAAGAGGCAGUGAGACCAUCUGAGGGAUUCUACAUUAGAUCCGGAAUAACAGUUGUGAUGAAAAAUUCUGUCAUAAAGGACGGGACGAUCAUAUAAAAUUCUUUUUCUUUUUCUUUUUUGAAUUUUUUUCUUAAACAAGCAAGGUAAAAGGGAGCAUUGGAGAUGGAUACUUGUAUAUAUAGGAGAGGGACGUGGUUUUAGGUGGAAUAAGCAGGGAUGGAAUAAAUGGAAACUAGCAAUAAUUUCAA